UGUCUCACCUCCUCGUGAUUUCUCGAGGUCCUGACGUUGAUCACUGAUGGAGAAUUGCCUCCUGGGCCAUCGUGGGAGUUUGAGUUCCUGUCUGUCGUUGUUAUCGCCUCGAAUUUACGAGACAUCGAACGGAUCUCGUCGUUGGGGUCUUGUUUAUCUGUCAUUCUUGCUGGUCCGUUCCACCUGAGGAGUUUUUUUUUUAUUAAUGUCAGAUUUUAGGGAGUUUGUUAGUGGUUUAAGCGAUUAUCACCUUUUAUUUGGGGGUGGGGAAUUGUUUAUUCAUUGAGUUAAAAUUUUUUUUCGAGUGGUAGGGGCUUUUGAACGGAGGGAGACUUUUAGGUUAGGGACACUCGGUGUUUGCGCGGGUCUGCGCAGUGCAGUGCAGCACCACUUGUAGUUGUUCUCGGAACUGGGAAAUGUCGGGGAAUGUCAGAAGUGGUGAGGGAAUAAAUCGGGUUUAUUGAUUUUGGAGCGAUUUGAGGAUUUUGAGGUGGGUUUUUUGGAUUGAGGGCUUUGGUGUUUUGACGGGGAGAGGGGGUUGGAGGACUGGAAUUUGGGGAAGUGGGUUUUGGGAGGAGUGAGGGAGGCUGACGCAUGAGUGGGGGUUACUACGUCUCCAGCUGACUCAUAAGUCUGAUUGUUUCCUCAAGAUUUGGAGGAUUUUUAUGUCAUCAGAUUAUGUGAUCAUCCCAAAAAUGGAGUGUCACAUUCUGCUCUUCCUGCUCGCCUCGCUGAUCGCUUCGACGACGACCUCCGACAUAACGGGCGCGGUGUUCGGAGGCGUUCUCGACGGAAUGCCAGCGGCGUUCGGCGACUUCAACUCGGACGAGCUCACGGACGUCUUCGUCCUCCGAAAGAACGCCACAACCCUGGAGAUACUCCUGGCGUCGGACCAGGAGCCCCUGCUGCGCCCGGCGAACCUCACCUGCGCCUUCAAGAACGUCGUGACGAGCGUAGUGCCAGGGGACUACGACGGCGACGUCUUCAUGGACAUCCUGGUGACGACGUACAGCCGCCAGGACUCGCUGACGCACGUCCACAUAAUCUGGGGAGGUCCAGGGCCCAUGAACUGCUCGAACGAGGAGGCGCCCCUCCUGAAAAUGCGGGGGCAGCCCCUGACCAUCGACUACAACCAGGACAUGAUAAUCGACCUCUUCGGCUCUGACGAGUCCAACAAUCGCACCUUCUGGGUCUUCAACCGCAAUCGAACGAGGCCCGAGGCCAUCCCCAUGAUCUCCAAUCGAGCGAUUGACGCCCUCAGGCCCAUUCGCUCCCACCACUCCAACGCUUUCCUGGAUCUCAAUGGGGACUACUACCCAGACCUCAUGAUAACGACGGACGAGCACUUCGAGAUCUGGAAUGGCGGGUCCAAGGGGUUCAGGUACUCCAAGAGGGUCGAAUGGCCGAAGCAACAGGGGGAGUCGACUCCUGGGUACGUGGGACAGGCGCUGUAUCUUGAUGUCGAGCUGAAGGGACAGGUUGACCUGAUAGUGCCCACGUGUGCAGACGAGACCUGCAAGAAAAGUUCGAUUCUGGUGUACAACGACGACUGGCAGGACCUCCAGAUUGAUUUCCGGGACAAGCAGGGUGUCCUCUGGGGCUUCGUCUCCCGGAAAUUCAACGCCAGGCGUUACACAGACACAAUAACCCUGCGUGGAGGCGACUUCAACAUGGAUGGAUACCCGGACCUGCUGGCUACCCUCCAGUCAGAGAAGUCUGAGAUAAAGUCCUUUCUGCUGUUGAAUACCCCCUGCACCACGUGUGGCCGAGUCAACAGGACGUUCGAGGUCCACUGGACAGCUCUGAACCCCUUCUACAACGAAACAGUGAUGGCAGUGUUCUACGAUUUCUAUCAGGACGGCAUUCUGGACGUGAUUCUCGUCAAGUACGACAAGGCAAAGGACGUUUACACCACGGGGGCCUUCAAGAACAGUCUCGACUAUGACGCCAAUUUCGUGAAGGUCAUGGUCCUGACGGGCCUCGAGAACAGCAAGUAUCCCAUUUCCCCGGGGAGCUUGGGGAAGAAGAAGAGAACUUAUGGGACCAAUCUGCCAGGGCCCUCUAUUGCGUACAACACGACCACUCAGGAUGGCAGCCCCAGGAGUGCUAUUGCGGCCCAGUUACCCCAGAGUGCACAUUUCUCCCUCAAUUUACCGUACACGACGUUUGGACUGGGGAGAACUCCGAAUUUUGUGGAUCAGCUGACAAUUGGGGUGGCUGGAAAAUCCCGAGAGUGGCCCCAAAUAAUCCCCAACUCCCAAAUGGUGGUGAUUCCAAAUCCAAUAAAGGAGCCAUCGAGAUGGACGGCACAGUUAUUCGUAACCCCGAGUAAAUUAAUUCUCCUCAGUGCAGCAGCACUGACAGCAACAUGUGGCUUGAUAUCAGCGAUAAUAGCUGGAUUAUACUGGAAAGAGAGACGAGAGGAUAAAAUCGAGAGAUUGCAAGAGGCACACAGAUUCCACUUCGACGCUAUGUAGAUACAUCAUAAUUAUAAUAAUUAUAUUAACUGUAAUUAAUGGAUAUUUAAUAACUAAAUAAAAAUCUAAUCAACUUUUCUCGAUUUUUCGUGGUAAAAUUGACAAUUUUAUUGAUUAGUUUUGGACAAUUGCAUAUAAAACAAGACUUGCUUUCAAUAUCUUCAAAAUUUGAUCGAUCCACAUAGACGCGUAUAAUAAAUAAUUUGAAGGAG